UUCCGCAGGCCCUCAGCUCAAGCCUGGAAGCCCGUCAAGCCUUCUCAGGGCCCUAGCCUGCUCUGAAUACCAAGCUAGACGCCUUUUGCAGUCCCUGGGCACCUACUAUCCUGGGAGCCACAGCAUUUUACUGCCGCCACAGGGGCUCCGAAGCAUAGGAGGACCCAUCUGGAAUCACUUCAAUCUGACCAAAAUUGAAAAAAUGGUUGACCACACGGAGCUCAUACAAAAUGAAGUAUUCUUGGCCUUUGCUUCCUAUGCAACUAUUGUUCUUUCAAAAAUGAUGUUUUUGAGUCUUGUAACCGGGUUCUAUAGAAUGACCAGAAAGGCUUUUGUUAACCCAGAAGACUGUGCAGUCUUUGGCAAAGGAGAAGAGGUCAAGAAGUACCUUUGGACAGACAACAGAGUGGAACGUGCACGAAGAGCCCACCUGAAUGACCUUGAGAAUAUUGUGCCGUUCCUUGGUAUUGGCCUUCUGUAUUCCUUGAGUGGCCCAGAUCUUUCCACAGCCCUCCUGCAUUUCAGACUCUUUCUUGGCGCACGGAUUUACCACACCAUUGCGUAUUUGAUUCCCCUACCCCAGCCAAACCGUGCUUUGGCUUUUUACAUUGGAUAUGGAGUUACUCUUUCAAUGGCUUACAGGUUGCUCAAGAGCAAAUUGUACCUGUGA